AGCAGGCUUGGUGUUAUCUUUUGAUAAGUGGCCAGCAGAGUAACCAGCAUCUGGGCUCAUUUUGACUUCUGCUUGAUGUGGACGUGGCUUAUGGAGGAGGUGGACAACUCCUCGCUUCCCAUUUUGUUGUGCUGCUGUGAUGGACUGCCCGGCUGCUGCUCGUCCUCGACGCCUGCCAAGGACAAGAAAAAACAACAACAGUUGUUGUUUGGGAACAACAGGCGCACACACAAUGCUUGUACAUGGCCUGUGUAUCCAUGGAGACGCCCGAGCCUGGCCCUGCAGAUGGAGAGGAGCGCCUGGUGGAGCUGCGACCGCGAACUCGCUCCAACCCUGAAGGUGCAGAGGACCGUCGAAGCAGCACAGGGAGCCUCGGAGGCGGAGGUAAUCCUAGUUUAUCGCAACCGGCCGUGGGUAGCCGUGUCGAAGGCGAGGGCGAGGCCUCGACCAGCGACAGUCCUCCGUCUUCCGCCACCGCGACCAUCUCUACAGCCGUGGCUCAGACUGUCGUCCCUGUUGCUGCCGCCACAACCGUACAACUUGCUUUGGCUGCUGCAUCCAAAGAGAGGCCCAAGCCCACACCACAGCAGCCUACACUGAUAGCUUCCGUCCCCCCACCAGCAGAGUACCAAAUCAGAGUUCCUCGUGUCAACUGCCCGGAGAAAGUGAUCAUCUGCUUGGACCUUUCUGAAGAGAUGUGUUUACCGAAGCUGGAGUCUUUUAAUGGCUCAAAAACAAACGCCCUGAACAUUUCCCAGAAGAUGAUUGAGAUGUUUGUCAGAACAAAGCACAAGAUUGACAAACGGCACGAGUUUGCUCUGGUGGUGGUCAAUGAUGAUGCUCUGUGGCUCUCAGGCUUCACUUCAGACCCCAGGGAGCUGUGCAGCUGUCUGUAUGACCUGGAGACCAACGUAUGUGAGACGUUCAACCUGGAAGAUCUUCUCAGUGUCAUUCGUCAAAAGAUUGAACUGCCUUCGAUGGAGAAUGUUCAAACUGUGCCACCUCCUUACGUGGUGCGGACCAUACUUAUUUACAGCCGCCAUGCUGGACAGCUCCAGCUCAACCCAUCUGAGGCUGUCAGUAAAAUGCUACAGUCUCCCUACUUUUUCUUCGACGUGGUCUACCUCCACAACGGUGCGGAAGAUCACGGGGAGGAUACAAGCUGGCGGGACAACUACACCUCUUUCUGCAACCUUGACUCAAAGGGCAUGUGCUAUCGCUUCGAGGUGUCCUUGAGUGGCCCCGCCAUCGAGCUGCACAACUGCAUGGCCAAACUUCUCGCUCACCCUCUGCAGAGACCUUUCCAGAGUCACGCGUCCUACAGCCUCCUGGAGGGAGAGGAGGUGCAGGACGUUGAGGCCACCGUCUAGAAGAGGUCUAGUUCUGUGGGGAAUAAACGUACACUGUAAAUGAAUAGACCAGUGCUUGGAUUGUCGUUUUCUGUUGUCUUUUAAGUUUUUCUCUUGAUUAUCCUGGCUAAGGUAUAAAAAAAAAAAAUACAAAGUGAGCGCCACGCUGGCUUGGGGGGAACAUGCAAUCUCCACACAGGCGAGGCUGGAUUUGAACCCCAGUCCUCAGAACUGUGAGGCAGAUGUGCUGCCUUAGUUCGAAUAUAUUUUACAAAAAUAAGAUGAUUUAUUUUCAUCAUUUGGCUUACUGUAUGUUAUAGCUGACGGGAAAUCAAUUCACUGACCACUUUUGGUGUAUCCAAUGCAAGAUGCAAUUCAGUUGCCGUAUAAAAUAAUCAGACUUUGCGACGGUAACGUUGACGCUGAAUUCAUGAGAUUUUUAUUAUUGAGCUUGUAGUUUGCAGUGGCGUGCAACUGCACAGCAUCAUACUGAGAGUCGUUCCUGAUAGAAAUUAUACUAAUAAUAACGCCUCUCUCAAGAGCAUGGCUAUUUUUGUAAAGCCAGAAUGAACUCUUGUAUUGGUGGUCAAUAGACUGCAAAGUGUCAGUGAGUUUGUAUGCUUUGUAUUUAACAACAAAAUUCAUCAUACUGCACUUGUAAUACACUGUACAGUUUUAUAAUGUUUCUGGACGCGAAAUGAGGAAGAAAAUGACUCAUUUCCAUUCUGUUUGAGUGAGUUCAAUUGUAAGUUCAGUUUUUUUUUUUUAAAGUAUUUUUUUUUGCUCUCUCCAUAGUUGUCAGGAGAUGGCAGUAUUCCUCCUGGAACUGAUGGUAAAAAUUCAAUAGUGUAGCUUGAAAAAUGACGUGUGGACGUUACAUACAUGUAAGUGCAAGCCUGUUUAAAAAAUAAAUGUUGCUUGAAAUUCUG